GAAAUUCAAUCCGGAUUGGCAACCGAACUUCCUACAGAACCCUCGCUUUUAUCCGUGAUUGAAGAAAUUGAAAACAAAAAAGGCGAAGAGCAUUGGGAAAACAUUCUUUUAAAAAGCAUGAAAGAAAGAGUAAAUUUUCUCCAAAAACAAGAAACAAAUUUUUCUUAUGUUAACGAAGAAGAAAGAGAAACAAAUUUUCCUUUUAAUCAACUUUUGACUACUCUCUUGCAACAAGAAAUUUAUCUUUUUCUAAUAAAUAAUGCUUACCAACAAGACAACGACCCCUUAGUAAAAAGCGAGAGUGAAAACAUCCUAGCCGAAUUGAGCGAGUAUCGGACAUUAAAAGACGAAGCAAGCCCAGGGGAACACGAGGGGUAUAUAAGCGAUGAAGACUUCGAAGAAAUUUGUGAAGAAAAACAAGAAGCCGAAAAGAUUACGUUUGAAGUUUACAUAGAAAUAUACUUCUGCCCCUCUCUUCAUCCGCCAAAUAUUUCUGAUUAUAUUCGUUUCUGUCGCAACUUUGCUUUGCGAAAAGGAGCAUUAGUUUCUGAUAUAAAAGCCAAAGAUUUCUUUUUUAUUCAUAGAAAUCAUCCAACACUUAUUGACAAACCUUUAUAUUAUGGCAUAAAGGAUGAUUACAAUUAUACUCUUUCUCUCUACAAAAACGAAGUGGAAAAGCAAGUUUUUGAAGUGGGAGAUUUUGUAGAAUUAGAAUUAGUAGAAUUUAAUAAUUAA